GGGCUCCUAACACUGUUAGAGGAAGAGAGAACGCCAACAUGGAAAGAGAGCCACAGAAAAUAAGAGAGGGGUACCUGGUUAAAAAGGCAAUGUUUAAUAAGUGGAAGCCAAUGUGGGUGACAUUACUGGAAGAUGGAAUUGAAUUCUACAAAAAGAAAAAUGAUAACAGCCCCAAAGGGAUGAUCCCAUUAAAGGGGACCGUUAUAAGUAAUCACUGCCAGGAGUUUGGUAAAAGAAUGUUUGUUUUUAAGCUCACCACAGCAAAGCUGCAGGAUCAUUAUUUUCAAGCUUCUCACCAUGAAGAAAGAGAUGCCUGGGUUAAAGAUUUUAAAAAAGCUUCAACGUGCAUUGAAAAUGGUCAGAGGUUUUCUAGGAAAUCCACAAGGAAGUCAAUCAGAUUGCCUGACACCAUUAACUUGAGCCAAUUAUAUCACUCCAUGAGAGAUCCAGAUAAAGGAAUAAAAGAUUUAAAGCUGGAAAAGGACAAAAAAGUCUUCAAUCACUGUUUUACAGGCACCUGUGUAGUGGACUGGUUAAUUGCAAACCGCUCGGUGAGAAACCGCCAAGAGGGUCUUAUGCUGGCGUCUGCCUUACUGAAUGAAGGUCACCUUCAGCCUGCUGGAGAUAUUUCCAAAAAUGCAGCACAGGGGCUAGCAGAAACGACAUUGCUCGAUAGUUCCGACGCACUGUAUUAUUUUCCAGACAGUGGCUUCUUCUGUGAAGAAAAUUCUAGUGACGAUGAUGCACUUUUCAAGGAGGAAUUUAGAGGAAAUGUGAUUAAGCAAGGAUGUUUGCUGAAACAGGGACACCGAAGGAAGAACUGGAAAGUUAGAAAAUUUGUUCUGAGGGAUGACCCGGCAUAUCUGCACUACUAUGACCCAGCUUCGGGCGAAGAUCCUUUGGGUGCUAUCCACUUGCGAGGAUGUGUCGUAACAGCUGUGGAAGACUUUUCCAAAAAGCAGGAAGUUGAAGGCAAUCUGUUUGAGAUCAUCACAGCAUCGGAGAUUCAUUACAUCUUGCAGGCUGCUUCCUCAGCUGAGCGCACUGAGUGGAUCAAAGCAAUACAAACCGCUUCCAAAAUUGGGAAAUAAAUCUAUUUAAUUUAGAUUUUUGAAUGAUUUUGAAUGUUAUUAAUAUGUUAUUAAAUGCUGCCUUUCACUGCCUAGACCUACAUAACAUACUCGAAUAGAGCUCAUUCAUUAACACUGGGCAAAUUUGAACCAGUAUACUAGUCCACUGCAGCUAAUUAGGAAUAGACUAUUAUUAUUCUGCCAUGCAACGGACAGAUGAAAGCUACUCUGUGAUUGGUCACUAUGGGUUAUUGUAAACUCAUACACUGUAAUUAAAUGGGCAUGACACAGCAAUAAUUAUAAAUAUCAAAAUAAAUAAUCCUGGUGAUCCCCACAGUGGACAUUAGUUUGGUGCCACAGCAAUGCCAUUGAUUUUACAUUAUGAUUUGUACCCUUAUUACAUGGUGGUAAAUUACAUCUACAUGGUGUAAGGGUAGAAUCGAUGGGCACUGUACUGUGCAUAUUGUGCUUUAUGGGCAUUGUGAGAAGUGACUAUACCCAAAAAACUAUUGUAUACCUCUAAUGGGGUACAAAUAGAGACAUUGUAGAGGGGUAAUUUAUUUGGGUAACUGGUGUAGUUAUUUAAAGUAUGCUAUAUGAUAUAUUAGUAAUUUGAUUAAUUUAUUUUACAUUAAAGAUUAUCACAUUGAUUUGUGAAAAAAUUGGCACAUUUGCGAAUGGAAACCAAUGUAGAACUACUCCUUACAAUAUAACAUUCCCAAUACCAGUAGUAUUAUAAUAGCAGCAUUCUUAUCUGUGCACAAUGACAAAGUCUAUAGGUCUGACCAUAGUCCCAUUUGUCUAAAUAGACUGCUCUCAGGUUACACUUUUCAGUUGUUUAUUGCAGAAAACACUUCUAAAAUAUAGGGGAAGCAGACCCUGCAGCUGCAGGGGGGCCCGGGAGGCCCUAAUUAAUUCACAAAUUCAAUAUUUGUAGAAUAGGUCAAUGUUUUGGGGCCCUAAAUUGAAUCUGCUGUAGGGCCUAGCAACAGCUAGUUACGCCACUGCGUAACUGAUUUUACUUUGCUCCAUGGAAAUGGAUGAGGUUUCUCACAAAACUAAAGGUGGCCAUACACGUAGCAACUUUGAUCUUUCGUGCGACCAUCGGUCACACGAAAGAUCGUUCCCACCCUCCACUGAUGUUCAGGGCUGAAUUGUCACAUAUGGAGGUAGAAACAAUAGAAAUUCUACCUCCUUCUGUCAAUUCAGCCCUGAACGUAGAUUUUGCUUGGGUACGAUCAAAAUCUUUUAACCUGGCUGAUUGACAAGUCAACCGAUAUCUGCAGCCUUUUGCGAUAUCGGUCGCCUCGUCGAGCCGCUAUACACGCACUGAAUGUCGUACAUCUUGUUUCAAUAUCAUUAGUGCGUGUAUGGCCAGCUUUAGAAUCAUGAGCCAGGGGUUCAUAUAAAUGAUUUUGUAAUAUAGUUGAUAAAAUGAAUGUGUGAGAAACCACUUUAUUUUAAAAUAACACAUUUAAGAGAAAACUUUGCAUAUUACUGAAUAAAGUAGUUUACCUCUAAAAA